GAUGCAGUUGGGCAGGCGCAGCUCCAACUUGAUGUCCAAUUGGACCCGCUCAUCAGCGCUGCUUCACGUCGCGGUGUCGCGGAUCAAUCGAGGAUCAAUCAGAGGAGAAAUGGCUGCAGCUCUGUCUCGUGCCCUCAAACUGCCCGGGAAGAAGGGCUCGGAGUUAGGGGAGUACGACCCUCUCACCCAAGCAGACAGCGAGGAUGAGAGCGAAGAAGAUGACCUCGUGCUCAACUACCCCCGAAAUGGCCUCGGCAGGGACAGCUGCCUCGGCACCGGCUCCUCAAAGCUGCGGGGUGGCAGAUCCGGAAGACUCGUGGGUGCCGAAGAUGAAGGGCAGGAGGAUGAGGAAGAAGAGGAGGACGAAUGGAGAGAGCGGCUCCCCAACAAAUCCAGGCAGGACAGAGAUGACAUGAAAGGCAUGCAGUACUGGAACCACAGGGACUCCGGCAGGGACAGGAUGAGGGAGGACAGAGGGGGACCCGGGACAUUGGGAGGCGCUGGGCUCGGGGGUUGUAGUAGUGAUGUGGAAGAAAAGAGGAUGAGGAUGAAGAACGCCAUCCGAACUGCAUUUUUCCUGGUGCCUGUGGUCUGCGCCACAUUGCUCGUGCUGCUUUGUGCUUUCCUGAUUCCCUGCCAGAAGGGAGGACUGGGAAACAGGCCACAAUGGGAGAGAGAACUGGGAGAUGCAGGAGGUGUCACUCCACCUGCACUGGCAUUGUGGGAUGUCGAUGGCGAUUCGGUGGAGGAUGUCUUACUGGGUGUUACUGAAUGCACCAAUGACACUCAUUCCACACAAGGGAACAAAAUUUACAGUGCGGUGGCCCUGUCUGCAGUCAGCGGUCAGGUGCUGUGGAGGAAUGUCAUGCGGGAGUCUGUGAUGUACAUCCAGUGUGGUCUCCAGGACAACUCCCAGCCGUCACCUGUGUGUCUCCUCAUUGGCAAAUCUAUCCUCAUGGCCGUCGAUGGUGCCACAGGGAGUCACUUGGGGUCGGUCCUGCUGAAGAACAUUGAAUCCCAGGCGGUGUUACUUCCAGACCUCGACAACGACUCAGUCCCAGAUCUGCUGGUAGCCACCCUGCCUGCAAAUGAGGCUUUGGAUCUCUCCUUGACCCUGAUCUCUGGGGGAACCAGGACGAAGCUCGGACAUCCCGUGCCUUUCAACCUCACCGGACAGGGAAAGCUGAUUGGUCCUUUGCUGCAUGAGACACAACAAGGGGCAUACUACAUCCUCUUUGGACUAGGUAAUGUAGAGGCCAUCUCUCUGAGUGAUAUCUACUCUCGUGCUACUGGCAAACCGCCCAUAACCCAGCCGCUUACAAGGAAGGAUUCAGGUUGGGAGGAACUCAGGAAAAGCAAUUCCUCCUCCUUCAUACACAUUUACAGGGGAUCUGAGCGUGCAGAGUUCCUGGUCCCUCUUGUGGCUGGUUUUGGCAACAACCACAACAGCUUGGACACUGUUUCUAACCUGAACUCCACCAAAAGUGAAUGGGUGUUGGUUUAUGGCUCCAGCAAACUCUCAGUGCUCCGACAGACCGACAUGCACAAAAAAUGGACCUCUAAGUCACCUCCCAUUCACAGCCAACCAGCCCUGGGACACUUCAAUGAUGAUGGAGUCCUUGAUCUCUUUUUUCAGCAUUCAGCAAACGGCACCAUGAAGGCGCAGGUCAUUGACGGAGUAGAUGGGCACUCUCUCUGGACAGCAGAGUUUGUGUGUCCUCGUCUUGUUUUGGAAGCUUCAGUGAUCUCCACCUCAACUGGCCUAUCAGCUUUUGUCUUCUGGGCCAGCGAACCAAUCAAAGCGCAGAAGAAUGUCACCAAGGCAACUGUAGCACCAGGUGUUGCUGCAGCGGAGCCGCUCAUCAGAAAGCUAUUCCUGUUGCACCCUGUAUAUCCCACAAUCCUGCUGGAGCUCACCAGCACCACGCACACAACAGUCACCUCUGCAGUGAGUUACCAGGAGAAUCAGAAAGAUGCUUCCUACAUCACCGUAUCCUCCCGGCCCACACCGGAUUCGGAGCCCGGCGCUCGGAUAGUUAAGAGCAUGAGCCUCAGAGCUGCUAUCACUAAAGGACAGAUUGUCAGACUAGGGGAAAGCAACAAGAGCGGGGAACCUGUUAAACCAGGCGUAUUUGAGGUCAACAAAUUCUUCAGGCAUCUGUCCUUCAAAAACCAGUGAUGAGCUGCCACCGCUACCACGCCCUGUGUCACAACAAGAGGUACGACUAAAGGCUAAAUGCUCAGGCAAGGGACAAAAGCUGUGGAUCGCUCUGCACCGAGGACACACUAAGAAUUCAUUUGAAGCUGUUUACAUCCUGUUAGGUUCACUAAGUAUGAAUUUAACUUUCUGUUACUUGAGAAAGAUUUUUUUUUUUAACUGUAAAAAAAGGAUUAUUUGCAGGUAGAGAUUUUGCUUGUGUUUAGUUUUUUCCUGUUGUUUUAUAUCACGUCUAUACUAUGAAAACGCUUAUUUAAAAUAAUUUAUCUUGCAUUUAGGAAUUAAUAUUUAAUUGAAUGUUUCUGAUUGUUUGGACUCGAUGGCAACAGAAUAACUGUUGUUUAUCAGUGACAGUGAAGCACAAUAAUGCUGAUGAAAGAACAUGUAAAUGUGUUUACAGUAAGCAUCACUCAUACAAACCUUACAUGGCCAGUAUACUCAUGUGGUGUCAUCCCUAAGUCACAUGCAUUCUGUCAUCAAGCCACUAAUAUUGUCCUCACUGCUCAUCACCAACUUAAGUAGUAUCAGGAGUGUGUAAAUAUUUCAUGCUGUACAGUAUUUAUUGAUUUGUUUUAUUGUUUGGAUUAUUUUUAUUGUUAUAUAACCAACAAUUGUUUGAUCUCUCAGAAUAUGUGGCUGCUAAAAUGGUCAUGGCAUUCAAAUGUAAGCUGCAACUUCACAUAUUGCAAGAGAAAAUGUGAAAAUGAAUUCUUAACGCUA